AUGUCCUUCGCCAUGCUGCGCUCGGCGCCGGGGCGAUUCCUGUACCCGGACAUCAGCGCGCUGUCCGAGGACGAGGAGAACAGCGAGAGCUCGGGCUCGGAGGAGAAGCCGUUCCACAUGGAAGGGCCGGGCUUCGGGAUGAAGAGCGGCAAGCGGCGCAGCGGGAAGAGCCGCGGGAGGAUGUCCCGGGAGCCGCGGCAGCGGCACACGGCGAACGCCCGCGAGCGGGACCGCACCAACUCGGUGAACACGGCGUUCACGGCGCUGCGCACGCUGAUCCCCACCGAGCCGGCCGACAGGAAACUCUCCAAGAUCGAGACGCUGCGCCUCGCCUCCAGCUACAUCUCGCACCUGGGCAACGUGCUGCUGCUGGGGGAGGCGGCGGGCAACGGGCAGCCGUGCCACGGCGCCGGGGGAGCCCCCCCCCCCCCCCCCCCCCCCCCCCCCCCCACCGGAGAGGGGGAGAGCGGGCAGCCGCGGCAGAUCUGCACCUUCUGCCUCAGCAACCAGCGCAGGAUGAGCAAAGACCGGGACAGGAAGACGGGACAGCUCCGGAGCUAGAACGGGAAUUCCGGCCGGGAAUUCCGGGGGAAAGCGCCACCGGCGGAUUCCCGGAUCCAGGAAUUCCGGGAUAUCCCGGGACAGAGGAGCCACUCUGGGAAUUCCUGAUCAC